CGAGCGAAGAAAAAAAAUUGACUCCUCGACAGAAAGUUUGGCCCUUUUAUCGUCUUCCUUCGCCCCUUCGUCUUUCGCCUCUUUCUCUCCUCCUCCACCGUCUUCUCUCCAUCUCAAUUGCACAAUGUCCGAAACAUUCUUCUUCACUUCCGAGUCCGUCGGCGAGGGUCACCCCGACAAGAUUUGCGACCAGGUCUCCGAUGCCGUCCUCGACGCCUGCCUCGCUGAGGACCCCUUCUCCAAAGUCGCCUGCGAGACCGCCGCCAAGACCGGUAUGAUCAUGGUCUUCGGUGAGAUCACCACCAAGGCCAAGCUCGACUUCCAGAAGAUUGUCCGUGACACCAUCAAGCAGAUUGGAUACGACGACUCCGAGAAGGGCUUCGACUACAAGACCUGCAACGUCCUCGUCGCCAUCGAGCAGCAGUCGCCCGAUAUCGCCCAGGGUGUCCACGUCGAGCGUAAGCUCGAGGACCUCGGUGCCGGUGACCAGGGUAUCAUGUUCGGCUAUGCCACCGACGAGACUGAGCAGCUCCUCCCCCUCACCGUCGUUCUCUCCCACAAGCUCAACUCUACCCUUGCUGAGGCCCGCCGCGACGGAUCCCUUCCCUGGCUCCGUCCCGACACCAAGACCCAGGUCACUGUCGAGUACAAGAACGAGGGUGGUGCCACCAUCCCCCUCCGUGUCGACACCGUCGUCAUCUCGACCCAGCACGCCGACACCAUCUCGACCGAGGACCUCCGCAAGGAGAUUCUCGAGAAGAUCAUCAAGAAGGCCAUCCCCGCCAAGUACCUUGAUGACAAGACCAUCUACCACAUCCAGCCCUCUGGACGUUUCGUCAUCGGUGGUCCCCAGGGUGACGCCGGUCUUACCGGCCGUAAGAUCAUCGUCGACACCUACGGUGGAUGGGGUGCCCACGGUGGUGGUGCUUUCUCCGGCAAGGACUACUCCAAGGUCGAUCGCUCUGCUGCCUACGCCGCCCGCUGGGUCGCCAAGUCCCUUGUCGCCGCCGGCCUCGCCAAGCGUGCUCUCGUCCAGUUCUCGUACGCCAUCGGUGUCGCUGAGCCCCUCUCGAUCUUCGUCGACUCCUACGGAACCUCCAAGUACUCCUCGUCCGAGCUCGUUGCCAUCAUCCGCAAGAACUUCGACCUCCGCCCCGGUUUCUUGGUUCGCGACCUCGACCUUGCCCGUCCCAUCUACCUGAAGACUGCUUCGUACGGUCACUUCACCAACCAGGAGAACCCCUGGGAGAUCCCCAAGAAGCUUGAGUUGUAAUUUGCUUAGACUUGCACUGAAGCAACUCUCUU